UCUCCGAAAAGCAAAUAUCCUCAGAUUUACAGAGAAAAAGCAAUCCGGUGACACUGCUUUACAUAUUCCUUCCAAAACCAAGAAAUCAAGUAUCUCCCUGUCCCCAGCUAAUGGCUUAUACAUUCAGAUUUUAAACAAAAGCAAAUAAUAAUAAUAAAGAAUCCUAAUUCUCAAGCUUCCUACUUAGCACUGCCUCGCUGUUGAUGAUUUGUGCGGCUGUGUGUGCGUGCGUGUUUGAGAAAUGGAGAGAUAGGCUUAAAGUAUUUUCCAUUUCAUCAAAGAGCAUAUAUUACUUUCCCGGUUCACUCCAGCGUUUGGUUUUAUGCCCACCCCUUUUCCAUCUGCCCAUGUCUGAGAUGCACAGUGCAGGCGUACAAUCAUGAGCAGCUUACGACACUCAGUGAACACUAGGUGCCUCUGCAUGCUCUACCAACAUACUGCUCGGCUGAAGGGAAAGGAUUCUUGCUGUCUCUCUGCUCUAAGCAUCACCUAACAAGCAAAGCGAACAAAGAAUGGGAAAUAAAGCUACCCUUAGCCGGUCAGUGAAUGCAUGGUAAUCUCUCUAUGGAGUAAAGGUUGUGCCGGUCAAUGGUCGUUGCAAAUGAUGGACAUUAAACAGAUUGCCAAAUCCUGUGGAGUCGUUAGUAAAGAGUUUGGAGUUUUUUUCACGCCACAGUGUUAACUGCAGAGAAAAGGACAGAGGGAGAAGGAGAAGAUCAAGCUCAUGCACAUAGUUCUGAAACUUGCAGGUCCUAGGAGUCAGCUAAAAGCUAGCUGGACAAGCCUUGAGCUCUUUGAGCAGAAGCGAAGUGAGACAUUGUGAGCUUGCCAGCCUUGCACAGCUCUGAAAGGGACCGAAUUUGUAGCACAGAGGGGUCUUUUUUAGCUCUGCAUAUAAUUAGUCCAAACACAAAGGAAGCAACUGAAUGGAGGUUGUCACUCUCUGGAAAAGGGUGGGUAAGACACUUUUUAAUUAAAUUCUUUCAUGAAGAAAGAUUUUUUUUUUCUUUGCUGCAGCCUUUAACAUGAACAAAAUCACUAUCAUUUUACCUUUGAAUGUCUGUGAACUUUAAUGCUGCGCAGCUCCUGCAUGCUGUAAAGUGAAAUAUUUGGCUGUGUUUGUUCCGUUUGCUGUUUUGCUUUGGUCUGGGCAUUUUUUGUUGUUGUUGUUGUUGUUUAUUUUCUUUCUUGUUGCUAUUUUUCCUCUUAAAUAAAAUAUGAUGUAGAAUUUGAAAAGAUUCAAUGGACAUUCUCGAGCAUAUUUGGAAAUAUUCUUGCUAAUGGAUUUCCUUCUUAUCGGUCUCUGUUUAAACUGGCUGCUGAGGAAGCCCCCGGGGUUGAUAUUGUGUACGCUGGGUAUCUUUUCUAAAAUGCUUCCAGCCGUGAAUAGUGGGUGUCCACAGCUAUGUCGGUGUGAGGGCAGGCUUUUGUACUGUGAAUCACUGAAUCUCACAGAGAUGCCUCGCAACCUGUCGGGCAUGAUGGGCUUGUCUCUGCGGUACAACAGCCUUUCAGAGCUGCAUGACGGACAGUUCACAGGGUUAAUGCAGCUCACGUGGCUCUAUCUGGAUCACAAUCACAUUUGCUCAGUGGAGGGGAAUGCCUUUCAAAAAUUGCGGCGAGUUAAGGAGCUCACCCUGAGUUCCAACAAAAUCACCCAACUGCCCAACAACACGUUCCGACCCAUGCCAAACUUGCGCAGUGUGGAUUUAUCGUACAACAACCUGCAGUCGCUGGAGCCCGACCUAUUUCACGGGCUGAGAAAACUCACGACUUUGCACAUGCGGUCAAACGCCAUCAAGUUUGUGCCGGUGAGAAUUUUUCAGGACUGUCGCAGCCUGAAGUUUCUAGACAUAGGAUACAAUCAGUUAAAGAGCCUGGCUCGAAACUCUUUUGCGGGCUUGUUUAAGCUCACCGAGCUGCACCUCGAGCACAAUGACUUGGUGAAGGUGAAUUUAGCCCACUUCCCCAGGCUCAUCUCCCUGCACUCACUCUGCUUGCGACGGAAUAAAGUCACCAUCGUCGUCAACACUUUGGACUGGAUAUGGCAACUGGAAAAACUGGAUCUCUCUGGCAACGAAAUCGAAUACAUCGAACCUCAUGUCUUCGAAAGCGUGCCUCACCUCAAGUCCCUGCAGCUGGACUCCAACCGGCUGACCUACAUCGACUCGCGCAUCCUGGACUCCUGGAAGUCUCUCACGAGCAUCAGCCUGUCUGCCAACACCUGGGACUGCGGCCGCAACGUCUGUGCCCUGGCCUCAUGGCUGAGCAACUUCAAGGGCCGCUACGACAGCAACCUGCUCUGUGCUACACCCGAGUACGCGCAGGGCGAGGACGUUUUGGAUGCAGUCUAUGCUUUCCACCUGUGCGAGGACACAGUCGACCCCACCAGUGUCAACACCCUGUCCCCUGUGACCAACAACAGCGACCAAAUGUUUGGCUACGGCUCGGCGGCCGCCACGGCCUACGUGCCAGAGGCUGACGAGGAGCCGACGACGUACGCCAUCACCGUGACACUGCCCGGCGAAGGCGCGGAAAACGCCGUGCAGAUUCACAAGGUGGUGACGGGGACCAUGGCACUGAUUUUUAGCUUCCUCAUCGUGGUUUUAGUGUUGUACGUCUCUUGGAAAUGCUUUCCAGCCAGCAUAAGGCAGCUAAGACAGUGCUUUGUAACACAGCGCAGGAAGCAGAAGCAGAAACAGACCAUGCAUCAAAUGGCUGCCAUGUCAGCCCAGGAGUAUUAUGUUGAUUACAAACCCAACCACAUCGAGGGAGCCCUGGUGAUCAUUAAUGAGUACGGAUCUUGCUCCUGUCACCAGCAGCCAGCGAGGGAGUGCGAGGUGUGAUUUGCCUUGGGGAUUUACACAGUGUGCAACCAAAUAGCAGCGCGCAGACAGGGAGCAGAGUGGGGGGUUUGUGGGGCUUUGCUGAGGAUUUCGCGGGCACUCCUCUGCUGAAAUCACAGGAGGAGCUGCCGGCAGAACUUGAUAUUUUAGCUUUAUCAUGUCUUAAAAUCUUCAGGACAGCCAAUCUUAAGAUUUCCUAUGCUAAUACUCCCUUUGAAGAUCUGUCAAUAUUCAGGAAACUGAGAGUGUAAAAAAGGUACUGAUUAUUGAUCUUUUGUAAACUAAGGAAAAUGUUUAAAAUAAAAAAAAAUAGCAUUUACAGUUUUUACAGACUGGUGUAUAUUACCUGAAUUGUUCCCUGUAUACAAAAUGCAACAGUUUAACCUUUUUUUCUCUUCAUUGUGAGUGUUGAACCAAAAGCCUGGGAGCAAAGAAGCCACGUAAAAUAGGCUGAUAAAAAUUAACCCAAUGGCUUCCUGUUGUAAUUAGUGCACCUUCACUUCCAUCAUUUUACUGGUGAUAUGAAGCAUGACACCAGAAUUCUAUUUGUGUUCCUGCGCUACCUGUAACUGGAUGUUAGUGCAGCCAGUGCACUCCAGAGAGGCUGAAGUUCUGCCCAUGCCCCAGGACUGGGUGUCAAAGGGGCUUUCAAGCACAGUUCACCUGUACGUUGCUGUAAGAGCCAUAAAAACUGCAUCGUAACCCCUAAAAGUAAUUUUUCUAAAAAUCAGGUCAUAUUGCAAAGUCUUGUAAAGAAAUGAACAAGUGAAAUGCUGCUGAAAAAGUGCUAGUCAUCGUCUUUUUUGAAACAAAAGUAUGAGAAAACCCUAAGUGUAAGGGCUUUUGCUAGCAUUUCCCACUUCUAUGCUUGCUCUGAGUUAUGACCAGAGCAAAGAAACCUUUGCUUUAUGCACUGUAGAACCACACUGAGAGGCGAGCAGGAGCAGUUUAGUGCUCACUAGUGCAACCUGUGUGUGUUUGGGGCUCUGAGUGGGACAGAACUAUCCAAGCAUACUUCUGGGUUCUCUGGCAUAUGCUAGCAAAGCUCGCCUUGUGCCCAUCACUGCCCUCACCAACAGAACAGCCUGAAACCCACACAGAGGCUGAAAUCAUAGGAACCCUCCCUACCAAUGACUGAUCCAUGGGAUUUAUGGGUAUGAACAGUGAAUUGAUAAUGUAGAAUCACACCGCUGCUUUAUUCUGAUUGCCCUUAAAUAAAGGCUUCCUUUCCUUGCAUUUUGGAUUUUUCAUUCUAGUUACAUGAACAACCUACUGCUUGAUCUUUCAAACAACUCCCCUCAUACUAAUGAAGGUGAGGCAGUUUUAUAACACCAGGCAGAGCAUCUUGAAUUUCUCUCCAUAUAGCAUAACAUGCUAAUAAAAUGCUGCAGAUAGAGAACCAGGAAACAUUUUUUUAUGCUUUGUACAUAUUUCCCUAUCCCUAAGAUGCAAGAGAGGAAAACUCCAGAAAUCUAACAGAAAUUUUAAUGGAACAUAGAGGAGUUUUUUCAUUUUUUUUUCUCUUUUUUUAGUAGCAUCCAAGUGCUAUCUACUCUUAGAAGGAUACAGCAGUCUUAUAAAGAAGAGAUUAGGCACAGCUUGUGUAAUUUUUUACUGCAUAGCAGCUUUUUAGCUGCUAAUUUUAACCAUAAAGAGUGAGCUUUAUAUUUUUCCUAACUGACACUACUUUUAAGGGUCAAAACUUACACCUUCCUCUACUUCGUAUAUACAUCACUCUGUUUAAUAUUAAAUAUGAGAUAGUCUUCUAGUAAAAAAAAAAAAAAAAGUAUUUAAAA